AUGGCAAGUAGUACACGAUCUAGAUCAGCUGAAGAUCAAUGGAGAGAUUUGGAUCUGCGAAUUCAAGAAGUCAGUAAUUCAUGUUUCAAGAAGAUCAAUGAGAGCAAUGCUGCGUUGGAAAACAAAAUCAUAGAUAAAAUGGAUAAAUUGAUGGCGAUGGUAUCUGGGUGUGAUGCGAAAAUCGAAGCUUAUAAUGCAUCAAUGGAGGAAAAGAUCUCACAGAAAGUAUCAGGAGUAUUACAAAAAAACAAUUGGGAAAAGAAAGUGGGCAGAGAUGGGGAGAUUUGGGUGGAGAGAUCUCCCAUCUUGCGUUCUCCAUUGGCAAGCACUGGGAAAAACAACGAAGAAGAGGGCAAUGGCAAUAAGACUAAAGCAGUCAAGAAUCAAAGUGGACAUCAAUACCGAGCGGAAAUUCCUAAUUUCAUGGGAGAAGAUCCAAGAUCUUGGAUACGGAAGUGCAAUAAGUACUUCGUGAUGAAUCAGGUUGGUGAAUCUUCUAAGCUUGAUAUUGUUGAAAUGCAUUUAGAUGGUAAAGCAGAUGUAUGGUAUCAAAGUUAUAAACUGAUGCAUGAUGGGGGUUCUUGGGGAGACUUUUGUGAUGCUAUUAUGAAUAGAUUUGGGAAGACUGGGGGAAUAGAUUUUCAAGAGGAAUUUAACAAGUUAAGUCAGACUGGUAAUUUGAUGGAAUAUGUGGAGAAGUUUGAGGAAUUGAAGGCUUUGAUUCUGUACAGGAACCCAAAUUUGGGUGAAGGGUAUUUUGUUUCUAGCUUUAUUUCUGGCCUUAAGAUUGAGUUGAAACCAAUGGUCAGGUUAAUGAAACCACAAACUUUGAUGCAUGCUAUAGAAGUGGCUCAGUUUCAGGAACAAACCAUUGAAGUUAUACUGAAGAAACAUGAGAGUAAAAAGAAUUACAAUGGAGUAGGAUAUAAGAAUACCAUGGAAAAAAAGAAUACAGGAGAGGAUAAGAAAAAUGCAGCUAGUAACUAUUUCAAGAAAAUCACUCCGGAGGAAUUCCAGUAUAGGAAGAACAAUCACUUGUGUUACAAGUGUGGAGAGAAAUUUGGUCAGGGACAUGUGUGUAGGAAUGAGCAGUACACUUAUAUGUUGGUAGAAGAUUCCAGGGAUGAAGAAAUUGCUAAAUUUCUGGAUGAAGAGGAGGAAACAGAAGGGUUGGUAACUGAGGUGUCCUUGAAUGCUUUGUCAGAAAGCAUAGUAAGGAAGACUAUUACAUUAGAUGGGAGGAUUGGAAAAGAACCAAUCAAGAUAUUGGUGGAUACAGGGAGUUCAGUAACAGUGUUAGAUACAGAAACAGCUAAAAAGUUGGGUAUGCAAGGUGAGGAGAAAGAGACCAUAAGAGUGAAAAUGGCAGAUGGCAGGGUCGUUACCAGUAAAAGAGUAAUUCCAAGAUUAAGAUGGGAGGUUCAACAACAUAAAUUUUGUUGUGAUGCCAGAAUAUUGACCAUAGGGGGUUGGAACAUGAUUGCAGGAGUUGAUUGGUUAGAGCAAUACUCUCCAAUCUUAUUCGAUUUCAAGGAGUUGUAUCUUAAGUUGAAGGCUGAUAAAGGAGAGGAUGAACAGAUGUUGUUACAUGGAGAUGUUAAGGAAAAGGUGUCGAUCAAGUUGGUUAGAGGCAAUAAAUUGCAAGAAUUCAACCAAGAACUGGUCAAGAAAAGAAUUAUAAAUGAAGUAGUGUCUGCAGUAGGAAAGGAAGAUUCGAGUAAAGCUGAGGUUCCAGAGAUGAUUAACAAGAUUCUUGAGAAUUAUGCAGCAGUGUUUGAGGUUCCGCAGGCUUUACCUCCAACCAGGUCUGUAGACCAUGAAAUUCCUCUAAUGCCAGAGGCCAAACCAUUCAAGUUGAAGCCAUACCGAUAUCCUCAUUCACAAAAAACGGAGAUUGAAAAUCAGGUGCAAGAAAUGUUGAAUGCUGGUACUAUCAGGAAGAGUAACAGUCCGUAUGCAUCACCCGUGAUAUUAGUUCGAAAGAAAGACAAUUCUUGGAGAUUCUGUGUAGAUUACCGGCACCUAAACAAAAUCACAGUUAAGGACAAGUUUCCAAUUCCAAAUAUUGACGAGCUUUUGGAUGAGUUGCAUGGUUCCAAGGUGUUUUCUAAACUUGAUCUUCGCUCUGGUUAUCAUCAAAUUCUGGUUAAGCCUUGUGACACAGCGAAGACAGCGUUCCAAACACAUCAUGGCCAUUUCGAAUUUGUUGUUAUGCCAUUUGGCUUAACAAAUGCCCGGCUACAUUUCAAUCACUUAUGA